AUGCUGGCCGUAUAUAUUUUCUUCUCCGUCCAUUGGUUCGAAUUAUUGAUCUCCAAGGUGUUUUUGAUGCCAUAUCAAGAGGGUUGGAUCGAGAUUUCAGGUUGGAUUUUCAAACGAAUUUUUCAAAAGUUUGGAAAAAUAUGUGGCUAAAUAUUGAAAUUCACUAAGAUUUAAAUUAAUUGGAAUCGUAGAAAAUUUAAAAAAAAAACUGCCUGGAUUUUUCAAAGCUUCUUGUAUCGAAAUUUUCGAACUUAUUAUGGAUUUUUUACUUUUUUGAUCAUUUUAAGAAGAUACAUAUACCGAAAUAAAACUUUUUAAGACAUUAAAAAAAGAAAUCAAAAAAAUCGAUUUUAAGAAAAAUUUGAAGGCCAUUUUUUUGACUAAAUAUCGAAAAAAACUCAUGCGAUAGUCAAGAAAAAAACCGAAAAAAAUCGAAAUUUUCAAAAAAAUUCCUGGUCAAUUUUUGGUCAAGAAAUAUCGAAAUUACCGUUUCCCGACUACGGAAAAAAACCGAAAUAAUCGAUUUUUUUCAAAUAAUUUCAAAGUAAUUUAUUGAGAAAUACCGAACUUAAUGUUUCUACAUGUCAAUAAGAACCGAAAAAAAUUCGGAUUUUCAAAUAAUUUCCAAGUAAUUUAUUGAGAAAAGAAUAAAGCUAACGUUUAAAAAACCAAAAAAAAAAAAAUUGAUUUUGCAAUUUUUUUUUUCGAAAAAAUAGCGAAUUUAAUUCUGAUAUUGAAAAAACCGGAAAAAUCCGUAUUUCUCAAACAAUUUCCUACUCAUUUUGAAAAAAAUAAUGAACAUAACGUUUAAAAAAAUUAAAAAAAGUAAAAAUCGAUUUUUCGAACUUUUUUUCGAAAAAAAUAACGAGUAACGUUUCUAGACAUCGAAAAAGUAUCGAAAUAAUUGGAAUUUACAAUAAUUUCCCGGUCAAUUUUUUUGAAAAAAAUAUCGAAAUUAACUUAUGCAUUCGUCGAGAAAAAAACGAAAAAAAUUGACAAUUCCUAAUAAAUUUUUUUGGAGAAACAUUGAAAUUAACUUUUAAAGACGUCUAAAAACCGCAAUAAUCACACUUUUCAAACGUUUUCCUGAUAAUUUGUCGAAAAAAUUUUGAAACUACCGUUUCCAUAUGUCGACAAAGAACCGAAAAAAUUGACUUUUUCAAAACUUUCCCAAGAAAUAUUGAAACUAAGAUUACAGACGCCGAAAAGAACCGAAAUAUCUGUGAAUCGGACUGUCAUCGCUACUUUCCCCUGGUCUUGGGAGGCUUCAUAAGGUCCCGAUUCAUUCUUCUCAGUUGUCUGGCGAUGCCUUCCCUGAUCCUGGAAAGAUUGUUGGCGACCAAAAAUGUCAGGGACUACGAACACGUCCCGCGGAAGUAUAUCCCCAUCGCCAUUAUCAUUUUCGUCGAAAUCAUCUCGACCAUCGCCGCUUUUUCGACUAUUUUGUCUUUCUUGGGCUCUGUCACUAUUCUGGCUGCAUGUGCUUUCGCAAAUUCUACAGCUUUUUUGGUGGGUAAUCCCAGAAAAAGGUCAUUUUUACUUGGAAGUUUGGAAUUUUUAUCAUUUUUCCAACAAAUCUUGGAGAUAAACUAGAAAAUGUCUGACUUCUCUGCGCUCUCUCGUGUCUAGGAGCCUUUUUCCAAGUUUCUGUGGCCUUUUCGGUGAAAGAGAAGAGGGCGCAGACAUGUCAGAAAACUUUUAAAUAAUUUCUAGACUAAAAAAAUGAUUUCAAUGGGAGUUUUCUAUGUUUAUCUUUUUUUCAUUUUGAUGACGUCAUUAGAUAAUUUUUAGAACGAUUUUCUUUCAAUCCGUCUGACUUCUCUGCGCACUCUCGUUCUUAGGCGCUAUUUUAGUGAUUCUGUGACCUCGUCAGUGAGAGAAAAGAGAACGAAGACACGUCAGACAGUUUAAAGAAACUCCCGUUUUUGAAGUAUAAAAAAAAUGAAAUCUUCAAUCUUCCAAGUGAAUGACCUCCCUGUAAGAAAGAAAAAUCAAAAAAAAAUGAUUAUUUUUUCAGUUAUUUCCCUACUUGACCUACCGGAACCAUCGACUGAUAGGCUUUUCAUGAAAAGUUUCCCCAUUGGAAACCGUAAAUAUACUCUCACCAAGAAGUACCAAAUCGAGGAGAAUCUACGGGUUUUGAAGGUGAGUUUGGAAAUGAAAAACUUUUCGAACUUUCAAAUUUCAAAUUAAAAAGUUUUCACCAAAAUGUGACUUUUUACUUCUGAAAUCAUAGUUUUUUUGUUAAACUUUAAGUGAAAAAAAUGAGCAAAAAAACGUAAUUUUUGUAAAAAAACUUGAUAUCCGACUAGAAAAAAUUGCGCGCUUCGGGCCGGGCGGGCCAUUUUUUCUUGAGGCCCUCUAAGGUCGGGCCGGGCCGGGCUUACAAAAUGGUCGGGGGGCCGGGAGGGUGACGGGCCGGCUCUCGCACAAGCCUGCUCUUAAGGGACCCCUAAAGUUUAAAAAAGCAACCACUUAAGGGGAUUUAGAGCUUCUAAAGUGUUCUCAUCAGUUUGAAAAUUUUCUGGUUACUCUUUUGAACCGCUCAGAACUCACUUAAGUGUCUUCUUGUGUUUGACAAACUUUGAAAAUGUUUUUGAACCAUUCAGCAAUCAUUUAAGUAACUUUAGCGCCUCUUAAGUGCUCCCUUAAGCACACAAAUUCGCCCCAUUUUCAGUAAGUGUCUCAAAAAUUCGCUCAUUUUUUUAACAAUUGGAGGCAAGUCAAAAGUGAAUAAAAUAUUUCUUACGUGUUAGAACACAGGAUUUUCUUUUUUCUUUGACUGGCUUAGAAAAUUGAAUUUUACUUUAUCUGAAUCAAAUGACCUUUGAAACUUCAUUCAGUCGUGUGGCGUCAAGGUUGAUUUCCAAAUUCAAAAACAGGGUGUUUUUCUCCGAAAUCCAGGUAAAAACUAGAUAAGAUCCAAUUUCACCUUAUAAUCAAGUUAUGAAACUUUGAAGUUUGCUAAAAAAAUUACAUAAGCUAUGAAAAUUACAUUAUUUGAAAUUUUUUUGAGUGUUUUUUUAACGCGAAAUUCGAAAAAUUAGUUACUUUUUCUAGAUGAAAAAGUGUGUUGAAGCGAAUUUCAGCCCAGUUUCAUUGAAAAUUCAAAAAAGACCCAAAAAAUUAUCUGCUAAAUUUUCAAAAAUCUCGAUUUUUCAUGAAUUUUUAGUUUUGGCAAUGUAAACUUGAGCAUUGGAUUUUCAAAAACCAAUUUUAUGGUAGGGGAUCCUGAGCUUUAAGACUUUGGGAAUGGCUCAAAGUGCGCCCGACCAGAAACGGCUUUUUUCAACCCUUAAUCAAACCGCGACGCGGCCGCAUCGCGUUGAGCCAUUCCAAACGCGGUCAGAAAUCAAUUUGGCGCUAAUUAAAUGGGUCUCUAACGCUUGAAAAUUUAAUUAUUCUUCGAAAUUUCUCAAAAAUUUUUCGAAUUUCAGGCGAUAAAAUACGUGAUAAUAAUGACGGCGGCGGUGUGCGCCAUCGUAUUUUCCGCCUCAUUUUUGAUUGUCUUCGAAAUUUUGCCACCUGGGGCAAAAAUCGUCGAUCAACUCCUUAUUGAAUUACUCGUUUAUUGGUGAGUUUUCAUUGUUUUUCAACAAACAAGUCAAAAUGAAAGUGUUCAUUGGACCGUUUUUGUUCAAUUUGGAUUAGAAUAGAAUAAAAAACGGCUAUUUGUACGAUGUCUUGAAAAAGAUUGUGCCCGACCAAAAACAACUUGCGCUCCGGACUAUUAUCAAUAAAAAACGCCGAUUCAAUUUUCCUCGAGCACCACAACAGCUAAGCGGUUACUUUUAGUGCACCCGACGUGAAACGGUUCACGCUCGGUAGCAAUGAAAAGCAGGAAAAAACGCCAAAUUUUUACUAAUUCCUGGAUUUUACGAGGAAGAUCUCGAUUUUGAGGCUUAUCUCUGACUUUGAGGUGUUCUUUCUCGAAAAAUGGGAAUUUUUUCAGGUUGAGACCUCAAUCUGGUAAAUCAAUGAAUAUUCUGGCAAGUUUUCGGAAAAAUUCGCGACUUAAAAAUGAAACGACUUUUCUUUUAAAACCCGCGUAACAGGAGAAAUUUGGCGUUUAUCCCGCUUUUCAAUGACAUCGCGCGUAACCCGUUUCAAGUCAGGUGCAGUUGAAGUUUUUUUCGACGAGAGUCGUAAGCGCAAGUUGUUUCAGGUCAGGCGCGCAUAUUUUUCUAGGGAUCGUUUAAAAAGUCAAAUUCAGCAGUUCUAACUCUUUUUUCCCGCUUUUUAAUGCUAUCGCGCGUAAACCGUUUCAAGUCGGGCGCACUUAGAGUAACCGCUAGGAAGUAUUUUUUCCAGACUCAUUUUUUCCUAAUAAAACCAUUUUUCAGCUACCCGAUGAUGAUCCACCCGGUUUGCAUCAUAGCGACCCCAAAAUGGCGUCGGGUUUCUUUCAACCUUCUCUGCACGUUUUUCAACCCGAAAUUCGAGGGAAAUCGACAUUCGAUCGUCCGGAUUCCGUCCAUGACCGACCAGAGCAUUAA